CAGUAGUUGCUCCGUAGCGAAGGUAAAAUUUGCAAUUUUCUAGUGUGCAUUUCAUGAUUUCAUUACGACGAGAAUAAUAUAUCUGCAAUACGAGUGUUUGAGUGCAUCAGUGUGUGUCGAAUAAGAAAUACCAGCAAAAGCCCCCCUUGGCGACCGAUCAAAUCAUCCGUCGCUUGAAGUAAAGGAAGCUAUCGCUUCCGGUUUCGGUCGAAGGGUGAACAGGUGUGUAUACGUUAGAACACACACACCUAGAGCAUCGAAAAUAUUUUCGUGUGCGCGGUUAAGGGUUGCAGUAAGUAAGGGCGAUGGCUUCCGGAGAUACGGCUGCCAUCGAUACGAUCGACGUCGAGUCGGCCCUAUCUACGAAAAACUCCGAAUUUACCAGCAGCAGUAAGGAUCAGCAACUGGAGCUAGACGAAUAUGGAAAAUUCAUCAAAGAUACACCGGGAAAAUUUAUCAUGGCAGACGGGAUGUCAGGCGAACAGUCAUUGGCUCCGCGGCCUCAUCGGCCAAAGUCGGACAAGGAGCGCAAAAUCGGCCAUCGGAGAGUUGGCGAGGGUGGCGAAAUUACGUACAAGAAAAUCCAAACCACCACAAUUAUGGGCUCGAUUCAGCUCGGUAUACAACAUACGGUUGGUAGCCUCGCAUCGAAACCACGGCGUGAUCUGCUGAUGAUGGACUUCUGGGAGCUGGAAACGAUAUCCUUUCCACCGGAAGGUUCCAGUAUGACACCCGCACACCACUACAGCGAGUUUAAAUUUAAAAUCUACGCUCCGAUUGCGUUUCGGUACUUUCGCGACCUGUUCGGCAUUCAGCCGGACGAUUUUAUGAUGUCUAUGUGUUCAGCCCCGUUGCGGGAACUGUCGAAUCCGGGUGCAUCUGGUUCGAUCUUCUAUUUAACGGAUGACGAUGAGUUUAUCAUUAAAACUGUUCAACACAAAGAGGGAGAAUUCUUGCAAAAAUUGUUACCAGGGUACUACAUGAAUCUAAAUCAAAAUCCCCGCACUCUUUUACCGAAGUUUUUCGGUCUGUACUGCUACCAGUGCAAUAGUAAAAACGUUCGAUUAGUCGCUAUGAACAAUUUGCUUCCCUCUUACGUAAAGAUGCACCUGAAAUACGAUCUCAAGGGUUCUACGUACAAACGAAAGGCCAACAAAGCGGAACGAUCGAAAUCGUCGCCCACGUACAAGGAUCUAGACUUUAUGGAGCAUCACCCGAACGGACUGUUUCUUGAGGCGGAAACUUACAGUGCGCUGAUCAAAACGAUCCAGCGAGAUUGUCGGGUGUUAGAGUCUUUUAAAAUUAUGGAUUACUCGCUGCUCGUCGGCAUCCACAAUCUCGAUCUAGCUGUAAAAGAGAAACAAGAAGCGGCGGCUAAGGCACGAUCUGAAGGUGAAUCGGACUACGAAGACGCACCAGAAGCGGACCAGUACAUGGUACAGGAGCGGGAAGAACAGCGAACGACAGCCCUAAACAGGAGCAGGUCUAUCAACCGGCAAAGGCUUGUUGCGCAUUCGACAGCAAUGGAAAGUAUUCAAGCUGAAAGUGAGCCUAUCGAUGAAGAGGAUGAUGUCCCUCCCGGAGGAAUCCCUGCACGCAGUGAAAAAGGCGAACGACUAUUACUUUUCAUCGGUAUCAUCGAUAUUUUGCAGUCGUAUAGGUUAAGGAAAAAGCUUGAGCACACGUGGAAAAGUAUUAUUCAUGAUGGUGAUACCGUGUCGGUGCAUCGGCCUUCCUUCUAUGCACAACGCUUUCAGGAUUUCAUGGCCAAAACUGUUUUUAAGAAAAUUCCCUCGCUGGAUCUGCCCGAGAUCAAGGGCAAUCAUAGAAAAUUUCGCACGUUGGUCACCAGCUACAUAGCGCUAAAACAUUCACCAUCCAAGAGAAAAAGUUUAUCGAAAGCCGCACAGAGAGCAAAAAAUGAAGAAACAGAUAGUCAACCCGUAGCCGGCAGCUCCCAUCAGCAUCAUCACCAAAAUCAGCAGUUCAACCCCACACAAACGCAUUUCAAUCAACAGACUACGGGGACUCCCAAAUCAGAUGUAGAUACUUCCUCGAGUGUGCAUACCGCGGCAACUAUUACGACCACGUCCAGCAGCAGUGCCGGUGCGGGCGGAGUUGGCGGUAAUGGUAAAACGGUUGGCGGUGGUGGUCUUGCUACCGGCUCGAACAGAGCCCCCGGUGGUGGGAGUGCGUCCAUCACACCGACCAAUAUGCCACCGCUCAAAAAGAAAACGACCGUUGUAAAGCAAAGUGUUCCGCCACCGGUUCCACCACGCGGUUCGCCCAAAUUCAACAAGGCGAGCGGUGCAGGGUCGGGCCGGCCCGGUGGUACAUCCGGUUCGCUACCCAGUCAGUCCAGUGGCCACCGGGGACGGUCUAGUGCAGGCACAUCUCCUUCCUGUUCUUCCACUCCUCCUCCCGCUUUUGACGACAUCUCCGAGCACGGUAGCAGUAGCCAUCGACACUCGUCGGAUGAUAAAACGGGCAGCAGCAGCGGAAUUGGAAGUGCCGGCGCCAGUGGCAUCGGAGGCAACGGUCACGGCAACGGUGGCCACGGGGGCGACGGUAUCGGCGGCGGUGGCGGCUCCGUCGAUAGGCGGAGCACUUCCUGUCGCAGUGAUAACUACAAAGAAGACUCAAUAAGUAUAUCAGAAAUAAGAUUAGAAAGUCAUUUAGCAGUCGAAUCAUCAUCCAAUAGCAAUUACGGCUCGCGGGGGGCCCUGGCGUCGGUCGAAGGGUCGACGCCAACGUGGACUGAAGGAACGCCCAGCUUUACGGAUUCGAGCUCGAGCGGUGAUAUUGGAACAUUCUCAGGCCAUUCCUCUCCGAUGUCGGAUCGGGAUCGCCACAAGCCCACGGUCGAGAAGGCGCUUAAUUCGCUCACAUCGGAAAUGGAAAAUUUACGAUAUCAAGUAGAUUACGAUUACAACUAAGCAGGGAACAUCGCAGUGAACCGUUGCGGAGGAUGAUGUGACGGAGAUGGGACUCUUCGUCAGAGUUCGGUGAUCAGAGAUCAGUGAAACGUGUAUCACGUGUAGCGAAACGACGACACAAACAGGCGGCACGAUCUGUGAAUCGGGUACGGAAAAGCUAUAUCCAGCAACGGAAGGACUGUAAAUAUGUAUCAAAAAUCGCAUCACAUCAAUCAGUUAUUGAAUCGUUCAGAAGGCUGACAUAUUGAACGUAACAUUAGUCUUCUCGCGGAGUACACUUAGGAGGCAAGCUAGAAGCGACAGCGUGCCACAAGCAAAUAACAGGAAGGAAGGAAAUCAAAAACUUAAAAGGAUAAUUAGACUAGUUAUAUAAGCGUUAUUAUCACAUUAGGAGUUUCGAUCACCUUCUCAAAACUUCAUUUAACAAGAUCGGUUCGAAACAGGAAGCAAAGUAAAGAUUUUUAUUUUUGUUUUGCAUAACCUUAUCCCCUUUCAAGUUGGUCGGAUUUUCGGUCUGAUUCGUCUUAGGAGAAAAACAAACCUUCACCUCUCGAUCCUAACGUUCUGUCGAACUGUUUAUCUCUAGUGCUUCCAUUUGCUUUAGCUCGAUCAUAACGUUCCAUCCUCUAUCAUCCCGAUCAUGUCAAGUGCCGAAGAAAUGGCUAAUUGGGAAUAUAUCAAAACCUUUCCGCUAUCGUCACUAAUACAACCCCAUGCUAUCGAUUGUUAUAACGUGCAGCAUGAUGAAUGUUCUAUCGUUACAUUUCUCGUUUCGCGUUCUCCAAGCCUUACUCAAUCCAACGAAAUAAUCAAGCGUUUGCAAAACUUCAAACCUUUAGACAGGAUUGGUUAGUUAUAGAAAGGAAAAGAAAGAAGGGAAGCGUGAUUAAACAACAAGGGUUAUAAGAGAAUAUUGGAAUGUGUAAAACUUGCGUCACUUUGCAAAAGAACAUUAUCUUACCAGGCCUAUUUAUCAACCAUCAAGCUGUAGCACUAACAGUUGACAAGAACAAAAAGAGUUUACAAACAAAAACAUGAUCAUACUAUGUGGUUUGCAAUAUUUAUACUAUUUACAAUACUUUGUUUUCCGAUUGGCACAGCAGAAAUGUUUUUUUCUUUUGCCAGCACUUUCACACAGAGUAGAGUAUUGUGAAACAAUUACGCCAAUGGGCAGGGUUCGAGAUGUUAGUCAAAAUGUCGAAAAACAAUAACUAUCUAUAGAUAUAUAAAUUAAAGUAAGGUAAUGUAUAAUGCCGAGAUAGGAACUAUGUUGAAGCAACUGGACAACAAGAAGAGUUAAAGUAAAACCAAACAUUUACCAUGUAACCACAUCCUUUUCUGCACACAUACACAUCUAACGGCACACCCAAUAAUACGAGAGGUGUACAUACGGUAUAUACGCAUAUAUCAUCUGUUGUAAAGUUAUCAUUAAAUGAAAAAAAAAUCAACUCCCAAAACAGUAGAAAGUCGCUAGUUCAUUACCAUUUGAAUAAUAUAUGAAUGUUAUCCAAACAGUUACAACCAAACACAAUAACGAAAACCCCCGUGAGUGGAGGUAAAUAAAAGCGUGGAGCGUCAGUGAUCAGAUAAUAUAAAGCAAACAACCAACAUGUUAAAGACGAAAGAGGUUAAUACAAACGUUCACUUUAUCGUUUCGCUGUUCAACUUAGUAGUGUAACGGUAACGAGCAGGAGUGAGAUUUCAUGAGCAAUUCAUUCUUUAAGUGAUGUGUGUAGUGCUUUUAGUUUAGUUCGUUGGUAGAUACGUUGCGGUAAACGAGUGUGCAAUGCGGGAAAUGAACGCUUUUGUUUUUAGUUUAUGUUUUGAACAUAAAUUCCACAACUGUAGAUGGAACUCAUCCGUAUAAUCAAAACCAAUAUCAAUACAUAUGGGACGAGAGUCGUGCGUUAAAGUUCAUGUAUCGGAUUAAAAUCACCAUUAUAAAAUGAUACUCUCCUUCUGCACGUGUAUGCGGAGUGCCGCAACUGUGGCGUAUAGACUAUAAUGUAUUAAAUCGUAUAUUAAAGGAAGGAAAGCAAAACAGCUAUAGAUAGAUAGUAAAACGAAGGCAAACGAAUAAAACGAAUUAACCACAAUACGAUUCGCAUUCGAGCAGGUAAAGCGUGUCCCGCCUGCGUGAAGUUCUGGCCGUGCACCAGUUAAAACGCGUUAAGUGAAAUACUGAAACACUGCGUUCAGAAUUAUCGUCUUACAAUACAAUAAUAACCGUAGCAUAUGGAUCCAUUGAAUGAGGCUGCAGAUUGAAUGGUGCGUUUCGCCCCCCAAAACGAUGCGAAACGUAAGGCCGAAUGAGCACAGAACGAGCAUACAAAACCGCAAAUAACCUGAUCAACGGAUGGAACGUCUUUACCAAUGUGUCGUAGGCAAUAAUAAAUCAACGGAAUGCAAUAAUCAAAGUAAGGGUUUGUCAGCCAGACUAGCAGCAAAAACAAGCAAGGAAUGCCAAUAUUAUCAACCCUCCGAAUGAGCCGCGGCAAGACGCAACAGCAAUGAAACCUCUCUGUACACACUACCCUCUGUAUCCGGACUAAUUGAAAAAGGCUCAAUCUCAUUACAAGACUCACACUCGACACUACUACUAAGUGUUACAUUAUGUAAAACCAUUCACUGUCAUUCUUUCCACCCGCCCACUUUCAUUUUACACAGUCACAACAGCUAGUGGACGCUGUGCAACUUGUUGGCAUGUAUUAGGCGUGUUUAGGAGGUGACGCAUAAUAAGGGCUAUUGAUGCAAAAUCAAAGACAAAUUCAUCCGAGAGGAGCACGGAACAUGUACUAAAACUCAUAGAUGCGAAGGCAGUAAAUUCAAUAUAUAUAUAUACAACUACAGACGAACUGAAUGCAACAAUCGGACAAACGGAACAAAGAGAAGGAAAGAGUACUGACAUGCAUAUAAUAAAGAAAACAAAAAAACAAGCGAAAUUCAAAACCAUUACAACGGAGCUUGUACAUGUAUAACAUAAGGGAGCAUAAUUGGGUGUAGUUUAUAUAUUUAUUAUUGGGUUUUAUUGUAGUUACAUUUGCUAUUACAGUAUUUUGGCCUUGGUUUUUCGUUUCUUUCCAUUAUGCUUGUUUACACGCAGCAACCACUUCAUU